AUGAAGAACUGGAUGAAGAGGGAAAUCUGGGCUUCUCUGCUGAAAGUGCUGCCCCCACGGACGGACGGAUGGAUGUUGAUCUAUCUUUCUCCAUUAUCCUCACAGUCCAUACUGCCUGAGCUGGCGGGUGCGGCUGGAACAACGCAGCAAAUCGAUAAAGUGCAGUCCCUAAAGAGUGAAGUAGAUGGCGUGAAACACAUCAUGACGCAAAACGUGGACCGAAUCCUGGCCCGCGGAGAGAGAUUGGAUGAUCUGAUGGGCAAAUCGGAGGAUCUGCAAGAUGGGGCCAAACACUUCAAACACACAUCACACAAAGUGGCUCGCUCCUAUUGGUGGAAAAACGUCAAGCUGAUCAUUGUCAUCGUGGUGGUCGUCCUCAUCAUCGUGCUCAUCAUUAUCCUGCUGGCCACAGGCGUCAUCCCCGUCAGUGCCCCCGUGCCGCCCAUUGUGCAGCCCACCAUUAAGCCUUAA